AGAGGGUAUAAAAGGUCACGUUCAUACGUCGGUUAUUAUUUGGACUCGGCUUUCAUGCGGGGACGAUUCAUUGUUUUAGAAUCUCAAAAUGUCUGGACGUGGUAAAGGAGGAAAGGCAAAGAGUGGCAAGAGCCAAACCCGAUCAUCGAGGGCCGGCCUACAGUUUCCUGUAGGCCGUAUCCACCGAUUUCUGAGGAAAGGGAACUACUCUAACCGUGUCGGGGCAGGGGCUCCCGUUUACCUGGCCGCUGUGAUGGAAUACUUGACCGCUGAGGUGUUGGAGCUGGCUGGAAACGCUGCCCGAGACAACAAAAGGAGGACCAUCAUCCCUCGUCACCUGCUGCUGGCCGUUCGUAACGACGAGGAGCUGAACAGGCUGCUGCCCGGAGUGGCCAUUGCCAAAGGAGGAGUUCUGCCAAACAUCCAGUCUGUUCUUCUGCCCAAGAAGUCCAAGAAAUCUCAGUGAGUCGCUGUUUCCAAGUGACAAAAU